AUUUCAUGUGUUCAACCAAUAUCCACCCCUCACAGCUUCAACUCUGUUGUCCCCCCCACCUCUCCCCUUGCAGUGUAUUUUCCUGUCCGGUCCACUAGGGUUUGCGUUUGAACGAUGCAGACGGUCCCUUGCCCCGACUGUUCCCCCCUCCCCCACUAGCUGAGCUCCUGUUCCACUCAAAGAUGGCGUCAGCUUUGGAGCCUCUGGUCUCUGGCUGCAUUUUUGGGCUUGUUGUUGUCUCUGAUUCGAAUGAAUUUUGGCACAUUCUACUCGGCAACUCGACACGAAAUCACGAGUGCGUUUCCUGUUGAAGUGCAAUUGGCAUGAAGGUGAUGAGCCCUCGCUGCUCCAUGGGGUGUGAUAUCUGUUCCCUUCCAGGCCUUAGAACAGGUGGAUACCGCUAGGGAGAGAGGAAAGAGAACGACUAGAGAACGACUGGAGCUGCGUGGCUGAAAGACAUUUAAGUCCUCCUGGACUUCCCAAACACUACAGCUGAUCUUCAACUCAAGAUGACGGUCACAGUUCCAACAUCACAUUGAGAGCCUGUUAUUUACAUUGAUUGGAGACUGAAUCAACAGGUUUCUAUCUGUUUCUCCCUCUGUCCUUUUGAAACAGUUGGAGAUACCUAAGUGUUAUUGUGAAAGCCGCCGUAGUGUGCGAGUCAGUCCUCCACAGCUCCAGAGUUAGUGUAGUAUCUGGUGCUCCACAACACUGCUCUCCCUCAGGCUAACUGACCCUACCGGGAGAGGGUAGUGGGUGACCAGGUUUUAUUUGGGGGGGGGUGGGUGGGGUGGGCUAUGCUAUGGUGAGCUGCUCCCUGCCGUGCUGCUCGUGCUUAGGCUCUGAGGGACUCUGUGCAGCCCCGGGACAAAGGAUAGUCCUUGGGCAGAGGGGCGAGGAGGAGGAGGCGGCGGCUUAGGCCGCAGGACGCUUACCUUUGCCCGCCACGGGUGUUAGCGUGUGUGUCGUCAUCGUGACCUCCAGCCACAGCCAUGGUGAAGCUGGCCAACCCGAUGUACACCACCUGGAUCCUGGAGGCCAUCAAGAAGGUGAAGAAGCAGAAGCAGAGGCCGUCGGAGGAAAGGAUAUGCAACGCUGUGUCCAUGUCCCACGGGCUGGACCGCAAGACUGUACUGGAACAGCUGGAGCUCAGCGUCAAGGAUGGAACUAUUCUCAAAGUGUCUAACAAGGGGCUCAACUCCUACAAGGACCCAGAGAAUCCCGGCCGCUUGGCCUUUCCCAAGCCCUGCCUGGGCAGCGGUGAAGGGGAAGGAGACGGAGAGGAUGAUCAUCAUGAGGAUGGGGGUCAUGGGGGAAGCCACCAUCACUCUGGGAAGAAACCAGGACUGGACUGGAACAAGCUGAUCAAGCGUUCCCUGGAGGGGCUUCAUGAGCCAGGGGGCUCCACCCUAAAAAGUGUUGAGCGCUUCCUCAAGUGCCAGGGUGACGUGGCGGCCUACCUGUCCGGCAGUGGCUCCAUGGGGCCCGGCCUGUUCCACCAGCAGCUGAGGGUUGCACUGAAGCGGGCGUGUGCCCACGGUAGAGUGGCCAAGAAUGGGCUGCUGUUCCGCCUCAUCAGCCGCAGCUCCCAGUCAGAUGGGACGGGUACUGUGGUGCUGGACUCCCUGCCGCCCGUCCGCCUCCUGCCACACGAGAAGGACAAGCCUGUGGCAGAGCCCAUCCCUAUCUGCAGCUUCUGCCUGGGGACCAAGGAGUCGAACCGCGACAAGAAGCCAGAGGAGCUCAUCUCCUGUGCAGACUGUGGCAACAGCGGCCACCCGUCCUGUCUGAAGUUCUCACCGGAGCUCACGGUGCGAGUCAAAGCUCUGUGGUGGCAGUGCAUCGAAUGCAAGACCUGCAGCAACUGUCAGGAUCAAGGCAAAAACGCGGAGAACAUGUUGUUCUGUGACUCCUGUGACCGGGGCUUCCACAUGGAGUGCUGUGACCCCCCACUGAUGCGGAUGCCAAAAGGCAUGUGGAUCUGUCAGAUGUGUCAGCCCAGGAAAAAGGGCAGAAAGCUCUUACAUGAAAAGGCAGCACAAAUCAAACGGCGCUACAACGCACCACUGGGACGACCCAAGAACAGACCAGGCCGGCCCUUCAAGAAGCUGGGUGGGCCAGGUGGGCGUGGCCGGCGGAAGGCGGACCGUCGCUCACAGUGCUCCUCCCCGCGCUCGUCGUCCAGCUCGUCCUGCGAGGGUUACCCUGGCGACGAUCGGCUGCUGUUCUCCCUGCGGGAGGACUCGUCGGAGCAAGGCGGCCUGCGCUUCAACAGGAAGACCAAGGGCCUGAUUGAUGCCCUCACCAAGUUCUUCACGCCCUCGCCAGACGGACGCAAGGCCCGGCACGAGGUGGACUACUCCCAGCAGUACCGCAUCCGUAAGAAGGCCAUACGUAAGGGAGAGGGCGACGACAGGACAGACAAUCAGGACAGUAGUGACUGGCGCGAGGAUGAGGACAAGCUGCCAGGACAUGAGAACCUGACCGAGAAAGACGUGGAACUCUUCAGACGCAUCCAGGAGCUGGCACUACAGAAAGUCGGGGUGACCGGCCCUCCAGAUCCCCAAAUGCGCUGCCCGUCUGUCAUCGAGUUCGGCAAGUUUGAGAUCCAGACUUGGUACUCUUCUCCGUACCCACAAGAGUACAGCAGGUUGCCUAAGCUCUACCUGUGUGAGUUCUGCCUGCGUUACGUCAAGAGUCGCAGCAUCCUCUUCCAGCACAUGAGGAAGUGCGCCUGGUUCCACCCUCCAGCCGACGAGAUCUACAGGAAGGACGACGUCUCCGUGUUCGAGGUGGAUGGGAACAUGAGCACAAUCUACUGUCAGAACCUGUGUCUGUUGGCCAAGCUGUUCCUGGACCACAAGACGCUGUACUACGACGUGGAGCCCUUCCUCUUUUACGUUCUCACACAGAACGACAGCAAGGGCUGCCACCUGGUGGGCUAUUUCUCCAAGGAGAAACACUGUCAACAGAAGUACAACGUGUCCUGCAUCAUGAUUCUUCCCCAGUACCAGCGCAAGGGCUACGGCCGCUUCCUCAUCGACUUCAGCUACCUGCUGUCCAAGCGGGAGGGCCAGCCCGGCUCCCCAGAGAAGCCCCUGUCAGACUUGGGGCGGCUGUCCUACACGGCCUAUUGGCGCAGCGUGGUGCUGGAGUGUCUCCAUGAGGUCCGAGACCGCCAGCUCACCAUCCGACGCCUCAGCAAGGUCACGGGCAUCUGCCCCCAGGACAUCACCGCCACGCUGCACCACCUCAACAUGCUGGAGCAGAGAGGGGAGCGGCUAGUCCUGGUGCGCAAGGAGAAGCUGGUGUCCACCCACAUGGUUCGCCUCAUCGCCAGGCCCCGGCUGCUAGAGGUGGACCCUGACUCUCUCCGCUGGACCCCCGUCAUCAUCACCAACACUGUGGUGUCGGAGGGAGAGGAGGAGGAGGAGGAGGGAGAGGAGGACACCUGCAAGGAGAUCAAGCCUAGCCACAAGGUGUCUCCGUUCUCCUGGCUCAUCCGAGGAGGCGAGGAAGAAGAGGAGAGAAAGUGCUUCCCGGGGUUCCCCGCUAGCCAAAGCUCUCCGGCCUCCUCCCCAGUCCGCUGCCCUUUGCCCAUCCCCGACCACCGCCCCCCUCCCCCCGCCAACGGAGAGCGCCGGGGCAGGGGCCGCCCGCCCAAGAACUGGCCCUGGGGCAAGGUGAAGGAUGGGCCGCGGGCCGAGAGGCGGCCGGGCCCGGGACGACCCCCAAAGAGCCGGGUGGAAGUGCAGGAUGAUGAUGAUGAUGAGGAGGAGGAGGACAGAACUGAGGGCACUAAUGCCAGCCCCACAUUCGGCAGCAGCCCACCCUCCCUCUUCUCCUCAGACAGGCAGCAGGCAGAUUCUACAGGCACCAUCAGGCCCCUGGAGAUGCUUGGCAGGCAAUCUGUUGUCCCACCCCCACGCAGCAGAGGGCGGCCUCCCAGGAAGAAGAGGGGCUCCAAGCGCAGGCUGAGUGAGGGGCCCGGGGAGGCCUUGCCCCAGUUGCCCCUGUCACCCAGGCUCAGCGACCUGUCGCCGGUCAGACGGAACUGCUUCAGUGAAAGCAGCGAGGAAGAGGAUGGCGACGAUGACGUGGAGACGGGGGAUCACUCCCCACCCAUCCUCACAAAACCCACCAUGGGGCUCAAAUGCAAGAAACCGUUGAGGAAGAGGCGCAUGCGUCAGCGCAGCCACAGCCACAGCCACGCCCAUAGCAGCGUGGUGACCGAGACCAUCUCCGAGACCACAGAGGUGCUAGAUGAGCCCUUCGUGGACUCUGACUCUGAGAGGCCAAUGCCCCGGCUGGAGGAGGAGACCCCCCUGAGGCGCUACCCCCCGGGCCGCUCCGCCCUCCGACACACGGACCCUACGGCCAAGCGGGGCCGACGAGCCAGUCUCACAGAGUCUGAGGAGGACGAACCCACUCCUGUUCUGAAGUCAGUUGCCUCCCUACGGAACCCAGAGCCCACGGCCUCCGCAGACACCCCAGAGUCCCCCGUCAAGAAGAAGAAAGGCUGGCCCAAGGGCAAGCCCCGCAAGCCCCUGCACUUGAGAAAAUGGCCGGGCAUACCACCUGGCAGCGGGGCCAACCAGAACGCAGGGGACACCAGUCUGACCACCUCGGGCGACCCUCCGCCCCCCAAGGUCAAGAUGAAGCCGGGCCCCAAGCCCCGGAGCUGGUACCUACAGCGGGCCCAGGAGGAGGCCAAGAGGCAGGAGGCAGAGCGACCGAGGCUGGGUCUGGGAGGGGGGCAGCAGCUAGACAAGCAUCCCAAGCAGCUAGAGGACCGAGCCUGCAAGAGGUCCUCCAGAGCUGCAGCUACCGACAAUGACAAACGCAAAGACUCUGAUGAAGAGGACGACUACCCCCCCAAGCCCGUGGAGCAGAAGAUCCCCAAGAGGCGGGGGCGACCGCCCAAAAACCCAUCCCUGCUACAACAACCCGUCCCUAAGCCGCUCCCUGUCUCGGAGCCAGAGGAGGAGGAGACAGAGAGGGGCUGGGUAGAGGACAAACAGAGCCAUCCACCGACCCGCUCCCUGCUCUCCCCGUCUUCUACCGGAGGCCCCAGUGCCCCCCAGCCCAGCAGGCCAGACAAGAACAGAGACAUGGCUGACAGGGAGGAUGAGGAAGACGAGGAGAGGGAGGACGAGGAGUGUGCAAGCCUGGGCAGCAGCAGCAGGAGGACCGUGGCAAUGCCAGGCUCGGGGAGCAGACGCAGCGAAGACCAUGAUGCAGAUGACGAAGGAGACGGACACCUGGAGGACAAGAGCAACAGCAAGAAGAGGAAGAGCCAGGACUCUGAGGAGGAGGAAGAGCCUGCCUCCCCCGCCUGCUCUCCGCCCGUCAAAGAGGAACCCCAGGGUGGGGAAGGUUUUUUAGACAUGCAGGGAAGCGUGCAGGCCAGAGAUGCCUAUGUCAGCAAGCAAGAGGAGGAGGACGAAGAGGAGAACGACGAAGAGGCGGAGGAGGAGCUGCAGGAGGUGAAGUGCCGGCCGCUGGACGCAGCACAGGACGAGAGGAGGCGGCGGCGAGAGGCGGAGGAGUCAGCAGCGGCAGCUGCGGCGGUGGAGACUGUGACAGCCAUCUCAGUCCCCUCCGAGCCCCUAGAGCAGCAGCCGCUGCACCCCGAGGACAAGGCUGUCACGGUGCUGAUUGAGCCCCAGCACCCCCACCAGCACCCACACCCCCAUCAGCACCCCGACUCCUUCAAGGAGGAGCUGACCCACCACCAUGGGUCCCACCACGGCCAGCACCACCACAACAACGAGCUGGACCUGGAGACGGUGCAGGCGGUCCAGUCUCUGACCCAGGGAGAGGCCCAGGACGAGGAGCCAGAGAGCCACGGGGUCUCCCACGGAGCCUACCAGGAUUGUGAAGAGACGCUGGCCGCCUGCCGCACCCUGCAGAGCUACAGCCACGCCGGGGAGACAGAGGAGGAGGCUACCCACCUGGCUUUGGUGGAGGAGUGUGGAACCUCCCAACACAGCAGCCCCCUACCCCAUACCAACCCCCCCAUGACCCCCUUACCCAGCCAAUCAGUCCGCUCCGUCAACAGCCCAGCAGGCGUGACUCCAGGAGGGGUGAUGGAGUCUGGGCUGGGGCAGCAGAGAGAGGGCACGCCAGGCCCUACUGGGGGAACAGGGGGAGGGGUGUACACCCAGAUCACCCCUGAGCACCCCAGCUCUCUGUCAGCACCGUCCCUGCAGAACAUGGAGACCAGUCCCAUGAUGGACGUGCCGUCGGUGUCGGACCACUCCCAGCAGGUGGUGGACAGUGGAUUCAGUGACCUGGGUAGCAUCGAGAGCACCACAGAGAACUAUGACAAUCCCAGCAGCUACGAUUCCACCAUGGGCAGCGGGGGAGGGAACAACAGCGGUAACCAUGCGGUCGCCUCGACCUCGUCGGCGGCGGGCUCUUCCUCUAACUCGGCCACGCCCUCCUCACAGGGCAACAGCUGCUCCUUUGUCCCGGCGCCCGGCCUCACGUCUCCCAGCGGCGCCGUGACAUCACAGCUCGCCAUGGGCAGCUGCAGCCUCAUCCAACAGACCGGGCCAGGGCCCAAUAAUGGUCCGGGAGCCAACAUGGGUGGCAACAACAGUGUGUCUCAGCCUCCGCUGCCACCCCGUCCGCCGUCUGUUAACACCCACCAAGGCAUCAAGUCCCCUCAGAGCUUUGUGAACGAGAGGCCGCCCAGCGCCAGCCAGCAGUCCCAGAAAAAAGUGCAGCAGCCCCCUCAGCAGCAGCAGGCUCCCAACCCCCAGCCCUCGGCCCCUCCAAACCCCCACACGCCCCAGCAGCAGCAGCCCCUAUCCCAGUGCAGUAUGGGGAAUGGCUUUGGCUCCACGCCAAUGAUCAUGGAGAUCCCUGAGAGUGCCUCCCAGGGUGGGGGCCGCAGCCUCUACGAGCGGAUGGGCCAGGACUUUGGUGCAGGGGGUUACCCCCAGCCCUCGGCCACGUUCAGCCUGGCUAAGCUGCAGCAGCUCACCAACACCAUCAUGGACCCCCACGCCAUGCCCUACUCGCACUCGGCCUCUGUCACAUCAUACGCCACCAGUGUUUCUCUGUCUAACCCCGGUCUGGCCCAGCUUUCCCCCUCACCACACCCUCCCUUAACCCAGGGCCAGGCCACCAUGAGCCCCCCUCCACAAAUGAGCUCUGGCUCCAUGAACCUGGGCUCCCUGCAGCUGCAGUGCAACAUGCCCACAGGCAACAUUGGCCUGCCUCCCCCGCCCCACACCCAGAGGCUGCAGGGCCAGAUGGCCACAGUGAAGGGCCACAUCGCCAUCCGCUCCAAGGCCCAGCUGGCCCCCGCUCCCUCCCCGCACCAGCAGCAGCUGUACGGCCGCAGCUCUGGGUCCGUGGCCAUGCAAGGCUCGCCCCGUACCCUGGCCGUGCAGCGCAGUAUGAUGCCCAACCUCAUGCCCACGCCGGCCGGUUACAACACCAUGAACAUGAACCAGCUGAACGCCAUGUCGGCCGGCUACCGCAUGCCACAGCCUAUGAUGAACAGCGGUUACCAUGGGAACCCCCCUUACAUGAACCAGCCCGCCCAGUACCCCAUGCAAAUGCAGAUGGGCAUGAUGGGGGGGCAGGGGUACCCGCAGCAGCCUAUGCAGCCCAAUCACCACGGCAACAUGAUGUACACGGGCCCCACCCACCACAGUUACGCCGGCGUCCCCAAACAGUCGCCUUACAUGAGCAGAUGAGUAGAGAACCCCACAGCAACGCCGCAGCUCUGAAGAGAUGGGGGACACUCUCCGACCUGGCACUCUGAUGUAGGGAGGGACUCUGCUGUCGCCUCUCUUUACUGUAUUACUUGGUGUUGAAUCCACCCUCUCCAAAGCCAGAGCGAGCAUAAGGGGAGAGCAAGGGGAGACUAUUUUCAAUGUUUUGUAUGUGUAAUUUUGUUCUAUUCAGUUGGAUUCAUCCCCCACCCCCAAGCUGGCUGUGUAGGGAGUAUGCUGGCACGAUACAUAACGUGUAACUGGACCUCUGGUACUGUCUGGCAGACUGCACUAGUCUAGUCAGACCUACACGACACGCUCCUCUCUGGCACAGUUUCUACGCUAACGGAAGGCUCCCCUCCACUGUUUACUGGGAGGAGAGUGGAGGAGGAAGAAGAUGGGCUGAAACAUGGACUUUGGAGGACCUUACAUUGUCAAAACUGAGAGGUUAACUAAAUAUAUUAAACCAUGCACACAAUAUUGUAAUUGACAUAGGAAGCCUUAACUUGGAAAAAAAGAGACUGAUUAUAAUUGUAGAUGGACAUUUCUUUCAAUAUAUUUGAAUACUUUCAUUGUUUUUAUUUUGACAACCGUUGAAAACAACUUGCGUGCAGUCCAACCUCUCUAUGCUUUGGUCUUGAAGUAAGGCAUACUGAAUUGGUGGUACACCCUCUAGCGCCCACACACACACACACUCUCUCUCACUCUCACACACACACUCACACACACACACCUCUCCAUUGCCACUUGGUGAGCCGGGGCACUUCAGUCUCAGAGUUGAGAUUCAUGGGUCCUAAGUGUCACAACAGUGUCAGGAGUCUGUCUUCCUGGUAGGAGGGUGUGUAUCUGGGGGGGGGCACCACUCCACCCAGGAUGCUGUAGCUGUUCGUUCUGGAAUGUUUCGAUGUAAAUAUUCUGCUACUUCCUGUCGAUUCACAGUCCAGCAUUGUCAGUCAGUGAGCCAGCUAGUCUCCCCUCAGUGGCAGGCAAAAGACAUUGCAGCACUUACAUUUUAUUUUAAAAAAAUAAUAAUGUUGGUCACACUCUACAGAAGGCUAUUAUUAGGCUAGGUGUAUGUCUGUCAUCCCCAUGCAGUUUACCUUCCAGGGAAAGAGAUGAGGUCUGCCAGGUGGAGUAACUCACUGCUUUAAGGAAAACCAGCUGUUGGAAAUGAGCUGAGCCACUUCAUUCAAGUGUUAGUAACCCACAAACCGAGGUCAAGGCAUCCUCUCUGAACACUGUUUUCUGUUAAAAGGAGUCAAUCUGUGCAAGUCUGCAGUGCACUUCCAUUGAUUAGUAGAGAUGUCUGCGCUCUAUGGACCAUUGACAUACGGAGAGGUGGCCAAUGCCAAAUACUGUGCAUUGUGUACGCCUUGCCCCCCCACACACACAGACAUCUGGAUGGUCACUGUGUUAGGAUGGGACGGGUGGUGGAGGAAUUGACCCAGUUGUCUCAAUGUUCCAGUAUUCAAAGUCAAAAUGAAGAUGCUUUUCUUAGACCUGACGUUUUCAUAUAUUAUUUGUUUUUUUGUUUUUUUAAUUUCUCUGAACUUUAUCAGACUGGGCAGCUUUCUUUUAUGACACAAGCUGACUCUUUUUGACUUUAGAAAACCUAUUGUAGAGAAUGUUUUUUCUAUAAUAUAAAAAAUAAAUAUUCUGACAUUGGUACUGUCAUUUUUUUCACUUCUGUUUCAGGAAAAAAACUACAUUUUUUAGCUCGACUCUUGAGGUAAUAUUAUUAAGAAAUUCAAAACAAAAAAAAAAUCUCACUUUUAGUGAAUUUAAGAUGCCUUUUAACCUCUCCAUUCCAUCUCAUCUCUAGAGUUUUCUAUCUUUGUGUAGUAUAUUAAUGCUAUUUUAAAACAAAAGGAAAAAACAUAUCUGAAGGCCACUUAGCCGUUCUUUUGUUUUGAUUUUCUUUGUGUGUGUGUGUGUAUAGGACGACUUCCUUGCGUUUUAAGAGGCAUGUAAAAAUGAGCUCAGUAUAUUUGUCUGUUUAUAUCGCUUCCCUUUUUGUAUCCUUUGUAAUUGUACAUGGUGCAUUGUGAGCUAAGAGAGUACAAGAUAGAGGUGAGGCUGGCUGGGUGCAUAGCGAUGGUUUAUAGUGCCCUGCUGCCUCUGUCUCUCUACUUUGUCCCUGUAUGUAUUUCCAUUUAUUUGUUUUUCUUUCUUAGCAAGUACUUUCAAAGAACUCUGUACAUUUUAACAUAAAACAAAAAUAAAUUAUGUUGAGCCAUG